AAUAACAAAUAUAGCGAGGAAGACACAGAGCGGAGCUCUCGAAGUCUUAGAUUCACCAGCUCCGCACCAACCACGUAUAGUACUUGACAAAUAAUUCACCUCUGGGGACGUGAAAGGAGCACAUUCAGACGGCCGAUGGAAUAUGGCGAUGUACCGUUCAUUUUCGCACAUAGUGUGCUCUCGACAUAUGAGAGAAAUCAGCAGGUUGUGUGGUUCACACUUGCGGUGUCUCAGCAGCUUGGUAGAUCUUCCAGAAACUCAUGCACUGCUACGUAAGACCUGUCGAGACUUUGCAGAAAAUGAACUGGCACCUAUUGCAGGAAAAAUUGACAAAGAACACACCUACCCAAAAAAACAGGUGGAGACGAUGGGCGAGCUGGGUCUGAUGUGUGUGUCGGUGCCGGAGACGGAUGGCGGUACAGGUCUGGACUAUCUGGCCUAUGCUAUUGCCAUGGAGGAGAUCAGUCGGGGCUGUGCUACUGCGGGGGUCAUCAUGAGUGUCAACAAUUCACUUUAUUUAGGUCCAAUUGAGAAGUAUGCCACCAAAGCCCAAAAGGACCAGUUCAUGUCUCCAUUCUUGUCAGGAAAGAAAGUUGGCUGCUUUGCGCUCAGUGAACCAGGUAAUGGCAGUGAUGCAGGGGCAGCCUCAACAACAGCCACUAUGCACAAGGACAGCUGGGUGCUCAAUGGAACCAAGUCAUGGAUUACAAAUGGCUAUGAAUCAGAAGCAACUGUGGUGUUUGCUACCACUGAUAAACAGCUCAAACACAAGGGUAUAAGUGCCUUCCUCGUGCCAAAACCAGUUGACGGGUUGUCUCUGGGCAAGAAAGAAGACAAGCUGGGCAUACGAGCAUCAUCAACUUGCAACCUCAUCUUUGAUGACUGUCACAUCCCUAAAGAAUACCUCCUUGGUGAAGCAGGCUAUGGAUUCAAGAUAGCAAUGGAAACAUUGGAUGCUGGCAGAAUAGGUAUAGCUGGACAAGCUCUGGGUAUUGGUCAGGCUGCCCUGGAUUGUGCCAUUGAAUACUCCACGAAGAGGAUAUCCUUCGGACAACCAAUAUCAAAGCUUCAAACGAUCCAGAUAAAACUGGCUGACAUGCAGACGAGGCUCGAGAGUGCCAGACUGCUCACAUGGAAAGCUGCUAUGCUGAAGGACUCAGGAAAGGCAUUUACCAUGGAAGCAGCCAUGGCUAAGUUGGCAGCGUCAGAAGCUGCUACAUUUGCUGCCCAUCAGAGCAUCCAGAUCCUGGGAGGCAUGGGUUACGUGACCGACAUGCCCGCCGAGCGACACUAUCGAGAUGCAAGGAUCACAGAGAUAUAUGAAGGCACUAGUGAAAUACAGCGUUUAGUUAUAGCAGGCAAUCUCCUGAAACAACAUGGCUCUUAAAGACACAUGUAUGAAACAGGCAUUCACACUUGUUUUAUGUACACGGUUUCUCAAAUCUUAAGGUCUAAUUUACAAGAUUUUCACUUUAUAUUUUUGAAAGUAAUCAUAUCCUGCAAUUACCACAAAUAGAUUUGAUCAAGUUGUUUCCUUUUUAAGAUAUGGAAGUGUUUGUUUUCUCAUUUUAUAAACAGUGGGUGUGUGUUCACUAUGUUUACCUUGCAGUGGUUGAAAGAAAACAAUUGCAGGUGGAUAGAUUCUACAGAAUCUCAAAUUUAAGUCAUUACUUGUGUGAUUCUUUGUCAAAUAACAGUGGCUUAGGUUGUUAACAUUUAAUAAUGUAUAUAUUGUGAAUGUGUAUGGAAUCAUUGGAAAUACGAUGUAAGAGAGAGUGGUGCUAGUUGAUUAUUAGUUUGUGUGUUGAAUAAAAAGAUGUCAAUUAGAAAAA